AUGUCAGGACACGCUGACUCUGCCUUCAAAGCGGCCCUUGAGAGCAACCACCGAUGGGCAACGGAAACAGCAAAGACCGAUACCGAGUUCUUCCAGUCGGCCGCAAAGGGUCAGGCACCACGGAUACUAUGGCUGGGGUGCAGUGACUCCCGCGUGCCAGAAACGACUGUCCUUGGACUUAAGCCAGGUGAAGUCUUCACUCACCGCAACAUCGCCAACAUCAUCGCCCCUACCGAUCUCUCCCUUCUUGCCGUAGUCGAGUUCUCCGUGGCACAUCUGAAGGUCUCGCACAUUGUGGUAUGUGGUCAUACAUCAUGUGGUGGUGUUGCAGGAUGCUUGGCCAAUGCUAAGCUGGGUGGACCAUUGGACAUCUGGCUACAGCCAUUGCGAGCAUUGCGUGAGAAGCAUGCAGAUGAAUUGGAUCAGCUCCAAGGUGCUGAGAGAACUACGUUCUUGGGCAAGAAGAACGUCCAACAAAGUAUCGAUGUCGUUCGGCGCAUACCUACCGUCAUCGAUGCUGAGCGCGAUCGUGGUCUCGAAGUGCACGGUGUAAUCUACCAUCUUGACUCCGGCGUGCUAGAAGAGGUAGAGUGCAGCGAGGAUGAGAAGACGGCAUCUUUGAGGGGAGCCACAUUCGAGCGCAAGUGA